GUGGUUACUGGGACAAGGUGUAGGUGUGACCACGGGAGGGAGGGGCUAGGAGGACAGCUGGUCAGGGAACAGAGAGGAGGCCCAGGUGGCAGAAGGAAGGAUUAUCUACCUGAAUAUGGAAAUCACCUGGCCUGGAGGAUGACUGAUAAGAGCAGCCUGAGUGGCAAUGAGCCUGGAGCUAAAAUCGUGCAGAAGGGAGGAGCGGUGAUCUGGGUCAGCAGAUGAGGUCACACAAGGCGGCCGACCUUCUACUCUGCUGAUGAGAUGUAGAGCUGGGGAGUUAGGGGAGGAUGUUGGAAUGGUCUGGAAGCAGCACCGAGAAGCAAGGAGAUUUACCCACCUGGAGAGGCCACAGGAAAGCUAAGUUCUAGUUAGAGCAAGAAGGUGACAAGAAUGUGCAGCAAAGAGAUGGAGGAAGUAGAUUUUGCUGAAGACAGGUCAUUGAUUCCAGAGGCCUGAGAGUUGGGUCAGUGUGGAGAAUAGGUUGGAGACGGUCCCUUCUCAGCGGGUUUUUGUAUAUAAAGUGCUUAAUUAGCCUGAUACAAGCGCAGCGGUCAGGGAUGGAAGCCGUGGUUAGCAGUCUUAGUGGGAUCAUGAUCAGGCCAGGGGUUUGUAGCUCGAGGAGGAAAGCUGGGGAGAAGCCAGUCGCCAACCAGAGCCAAGUGGGCAGGAUGCCGGGUUUUCUUGGCGGUGGCAGUUCCCCCAGACGCCGUGUACCUGGAUUCCUGCGUUCGAAGAUGGGCGCCCGGCCCUCGCGGCGGCGGCUGCCCGCAGACUCGCCCAUGGCCUUGGACGCGCUGCCCCCGGAGCUGCUAGUGCAAGUGCUGAGCCACGUGCCACCGCGCGCGUUAAUAACGCGCUGCCGCCCCGUGUGCCGCGCCUGGCGCGACGUGGUGGACGGCCCCACCGUGUGGCUGCUGCAACUGGCCCGCGACCGCAGUGCAGAGGGCCGGGCACUCUAUGCGGUGGCCCAGCGCUGCCCGCCCAACAGCGAGGACGAGGAGGAGUUCCCGCUCUGCGCCCUGGCACGCUACUGCCUGCGAGCGCCCCUCGGCCGCAACCUCAUCUUUAACUCCUGCGGAGAACAGGGCUUCAGAGGCUGGGAAGUGGAGCACGGAGGGAAUGGCUGGGCCGUGGAAAAGAACAUAACACUGGUGCCGGGCGCUCCUUCCCAGACCUGCUUUGUGACUUCUUUCGAAUGGUGCUUCAAGAGGCAGCUUGUGGACUUGGUGAUGGAGGGGGUGUGGCAGGAGCUGCUGGACAGCGCCCAGAUUGAGAUCUGUGUGGCCGACUGGUGGGGCGCCCGGGAGAACUGCGGCUGCAUCUACCGGCUCCGGGUUCGCCUCCUGGAUGUGUACGAAAACGAAGUGGUCAAGUUCUCGGCUUCACCCAAUCCGGUUCUUCAGUGGACUGAGAGAGGCUGUAGACAGGUCUCCCACGUCUUCACCAACUUUGGCAAAGGCAUCCGCUACGUGUCCUUUGAGCAGUAUGGGAGGGACACGCGCUCCUGGGUGGGGCACUACGGUGCCCUCGUGACCCACUCCAGCGUGAGGGUCAGGAUCCGCCUGUCCUAGCUAACCAGCCCUUGCCAGCCUUCUGGGGCCGACUGCCACCUGCCAGACACCGUCACCCAUCAAGGGCAGCUUUGCAGCCAGGAGCCAGAGGAUGCCGGGGGACAGUGCGAACCCCACUUACUGCUGCUUUGGCAUGGUGACCCACAUGCUGUUGGAGAAACCAGGGAUCAAACCAGGUGGUCACUGCUUCCCUAGCUUUGGGGGGUGGGGGCAGGGGUAGGUGUCAAAGAUGACUCGGAGAUCUGUACUUUAUUUGUAAAUUUUUUCUCACAUGUGUGUGGAUAUCCGUUGAUAGACUGAGUCAAAAAGCAAAGGUCGUCGGAGCUCCUGCCGUGGUGCAGCAGGAUCUGCGUCUUCUCUAGAGCCAGGUCACAGGUUGGAUCCCCAGCCCAGCACAGGGGAUUAGGGAUCUGGCAUUGCCACACAGCUGUGGCUUAGGUCCCAACUGCAGCUCGGAUCUGAUCCCUGGAACAGGAACUCCACAUGCUGUGUGGUGACCAAAAAAGAAAAAGUAAAGACUGAACCAGGAUAUUCAGUAGGGUACGAAGACUCCUGCCAGCAUGUUCUGGGGGUAAGGCGAUUGCUGGCAGGGAGCAGAGGUCAGUCGGGCAGUCUGUCCUGAGGGAACCAACAGGGCCAUCAGAGGGACCCUCCUUGUACUGAGGCAUCUCUGGGACUCACAGCAGGGACCAGGCAACCUCCUCCCCUUUGAGCCAGACUGGUGCUACUGCUUUUCCUUUUUCUUUUUUUGGCUGUGCCCUCGGCAUGUGGAAGUUCCCGGGCCAGGGUCUGAAUCCGAGCCGCAGCUGCAACCUAUGUUGUGGCAACACCAGAUCUUUUAACCCACUGCAUCAGCCACAUGCAGGUGCAGGGUAUCAAACGUGCAGCUCCACAGCAACCCGAGCCACUGCAGUUGGAUUCUUAGCCCACUGCACCAAAGCAGGAAUUCCUCUUUUCCUUUUUUUUUUUUUUUUUUUGUGCCACACCCAAGGCAUGUGAAAGUUCCCAGUUCAAGGAUCAAAGCCAAGCCACAGCAGUGACAAUGCCAGGUCCUAGGCCACUAGGGAACUCCCAAGGCUGGUUUCCUUCAGAAUUCCCGACGAUGACACAAGGUCUGUGCUGCCCCUCAUGCUGUAUUGACCUCCCCCACCUCCUGCCUCUGCCUCAGGGGCCGCUCGCCUCCUGCUGGCUGACAGCGUCCUUUUAUCCACGCUGGAGCCCGCUUAGAGACCCACCCGGGAGUAAGGCGUGCUGUGAAGACAGCUCUCCCGCCCUGGCUCCCCUCGGGUCUCCCGCUGUCUCCCCACAAACUAGCUCAAUAAAAUCAGUGCAGUGCGUGCGGUGAUGGGGA